AUGUCGACGAGUACAUGCAUCGUUUACGAAGAAUUCAUUAUAAUUAAUGAAAAACUAUCUUUCGUAGAGGACGUCCCACCUACCGUUGCCAACACAUCUGGCACAUCUGGUGCACCCACACAGGGCAGAGAUUCCGAAAUAAUCGAAAAUAUUGAAAAUGUUCCUCUCCUGAAUAAGGAACAAUCUAUGUCCAGUGGUUUUGAGAGCCUUCAGAUAGGCACCUCGUCAUCCCCUUCCAAAAUCUGGAUCAAAUAUGGUGACAGCCAACCAGUGAAAAUUGUUUUCGAUGGAGAUGUAAACGAUUUGAUAGAAGCGAUCAAGGAGAAAUUGUCACCCGACUUGGAUGAUGUGCCCCUUGACCGCAUUACCCUAAGAAGACACGAUGAAGAAGUAAACUUGCGUGCAGAUUUAACUGUUGAUCAAAGUUUUGUAAAUACUUAUGACACUCCUCUACAAGUUAUUGUAAAUGUACCUAUGACGUUAAAACGUAAACAUGAAGAAUCACCAGAAAAUUUAAGCGAUAUCGUAAAAAGUGCAGUGCGGGAAGAACUUUCCAGGGAAAAAGGAAGCCUUCCGAUCACUUCAACCCAUGUCAUGUCAAUCGUUCAUAUGGGACGUGGAAAAGGGCAAAGAUCAAAGAUGCAUAAUGUUAGAACAUGGUUUGAACAUGCACUAAAAUUACCAAGUGACUUUCAAGUGAACGAUAUCCAUAAGCAAGUGACCAAUCAAUGCGAAUGGGUGGUUCCAACAUAUCCAUUGGAAUAUAUGAAACGGAUUGCGUCUGGAUUGAAAUUAAGAAAAAAAAAGAUGAUUUUAAAGAAGGUCAAGCCAUGGGAGAGUUAUUCAGGAGAUAACAACGAAAAAUUAAUAACAAAGUCUAUAAUUGGUGAUCGUGUAGACAAAAAUCCUGGAGAAGGUUUAAUGAACUUACUCCUGAAAAAAGGAACUUCAAGUCUUCGAGAGAAUCUUAAAACUAUGAAAAAUGAUAUUAAAAAAAUUGAAAACAAACCAGCAUUAAUAAAAAAAUCCAAUAUUCCAAAGGAUCCUAUGCUUGGAUUGGAGCAAAUUCAAAUUUGGGUACAUUUAGAAAAUGUUGAGGAUGAAUUCUCUAAAAUAUUUUUAAUGAAUGAAUUAAAAUAG